CCGCCCCAUCCUCUUCCUCGGCCUCUUCCGGGCUCUCCCUCCGCCGGGGACUUUGCUCGGGCUCCGCUCCCGGCAUCAAUCAUCAACCCGGGGGGGUGGGACCGCCGCCAUUCCCGGCCCCCCCCGCACCGCCCCGUAGCGCUAUGGCCGCCCCGGCCCGCUUCCCCUUCAAGAAGCGGGGCAGCCUGCAAGCGGCCGGCCCUGCAGAGCUGCGGGGGGGCUCCAGGCCUUUACAGUCGGCUCGUUCCCUGCCCGGCACCCCACACUGCCUCAAACACUUCCCCGUGGAUCUGCGAACCUCCAUGGACGGCAAGUACAAGGAGAUCGCCGAGGAGCUGUUCAGCCGCUCUAUGGCCGAGAGCGAGAUGCGUUCGGCACCGUACGAGUUCCCCAAGGAGAGCCCCAUCGAGCAGCUGGAGGAGCGACGGCAGCGCCUGGAGCGACAGAUCAGCCAGGACGUCAAACUUGAGCCCGACAUUUUGCUCAGAGCCAAACAGGACUUCCUGAAAGUUGACAGUUCCACCGACUUACUGAUCUACAAGGAGCAGCACGAGGACCGCGUGGAUCACAUCCCCAAGGAGCGCGAGGCGCUGGAGCGAGAGUUCCAACGUGUCACCAUCUCUGGGGAGGAGAAAUGUGGGGUGCCCUUCACCGACCUGCUGGACGCAGCCAAGAGCGUGGUGAAGGCUCUGUUCCUCCGUGAGAAGUACAUGGGGCUGUCCCUGCAGAGCUUCUGUAAGACCACCGCCCGCUUCCUGCAGGAGCUCUCCGAGAAGCCCCUGGAGACCCGCAGCUACGAGGAGGUGCCCGAGACCCCCGUGGCUGCGGAUGCUGCCGUGCACCCCCCGUUUGCGGAGCAGCACCCCUAUGAGAAGUGGGACCCCCAGAGCAUGCCGGCCGACCUGGGCUUUGGGCUGAAGAUGGUGGAUGGCGUGGUGCAUGUGUACACCAAGCAGGACCUCACUGACAAGAGCACGGAGCUGGACCUGCCCUACCCUGACCUGCAGGAGUUCAUUGCCGACAUGAAUUUCCUGAUGGCUUUGAUCAUCAAUGGGCCCAUCAAAUCCUUCUGCUACCGCCGCCUGCAGUACCUGAGCUCCAAGUUCCAGAUGCACGUGCUGCUCAAUGAGAUGAAGGAGUUGGCAGCACAGAAGAAGGUGCCACACCGUGACUUCUACAACAUCCGAAAGGUGGACACUCACAUCCACGCGUCGUCCUGCAUGAACCAGAAGCAUCUCCUGCGCUUCAUCAAGAGGGCCAUGAAAAAGCACCUGGAUGAGAUCGUCCACGUGGAGAAAGGCAAGGAGCAGACGCUCAAGGAGGUCUUUGAGACCAUGAAUCUCACCGCCUACGAUCUCAGCGUGGACACUCUGGACGUCCACGCGGACCGAAACACUUUCCACCGCUUCGACAAGUUCAACGCCAAGUACAACCCCAUUGGGGAGUCCAUCCUGAGGGAGAUCUUCAUCAAGACGGACAACCGCGUCUCGGGGAAGUACUUUGCGCACAUCAUCAAGGAGGUGAUGUCUGACCUGGAGGAGAGCAAGUACCAGAACGCUGAGCUGCGUCUCUCCAUCUACGGCCGCUCCCGCGAUGAAUGGGACAAGUUGGCCUGCUGGGCCGUCAACCACCGCGUCCACUCCAACAACGUCCGCUGGCUGGUGCAGGUGCCCCGGCUCUUCGAUGUCUACCGGACCAAGAAGCAGUUAGCCAACUUCCAGGAGAUGCUGGAGAACAUCUUCCUGCCCCUCUACGAGGCCACCAUCCACCCAGCCCAGCACCCCGAGCUGCAUCUCUUCCUGGAGCAUGUGGACGGCUUCGACAGCGUGGAUGACGAAUCCAAACCGGAGCAUCACAUCUUCAACCUGGACAGCCCUCUGCCCGUGAACUGGGUGGAGGAGGACAACCCGCCCUACUCCUACUACCUGUACUACAUGUAUGCCAACAUGACGGUGCUCAAUCACCUCCGGAGGAAGAGGGGCUUCCACACCUUCGUGCUGCGCCCGCACUGCGGCGAGGCCGGCCCCAUCCAUCACCUCGUGUCAGGCUUCAUGGUGUCAGAGAACAUCUCACAUGGUUUGCUGCUGCGCAAGGCCCCAGUGCUGCAGUACCUGUACUACCUGGCUCAGAUUGGCAUUGCCAUGUCCCCGCUGAGCAACAACAGCCUCUUCCUCAGCUACCACCGCAACCCCCUCCCCGAGUACCUCUCGCGGGGGCUCGUGGUCUCACUCUCCACCGAUGACCCCCUCCAGUUCCACUUCACCAAGGAGCCGCUGAUGGAGGAGUACAGCAUCGCCACGCAGGUCUGGAAGCUGAGCACCUGCGACAUGUGCGAGCUGGCCCGGAACAGCGUCCUGAUGAGCGGCUUCUCCCAUAAGGUGAAGAGCUACUGGCUGGGCCCCCAUUACCUGAAGGAAGGCCCAGAAGGGAACGACAUCCGUCGUACCAACGUCCCCGACAUCCGCGUUGGGUAUCGCUACGAGACGCUGUGCCAGGAGCUGACGCUCAUCACUCAGGCUGUUCAGAGCGCGGAGCUGGAGCCCAUCCAGGAGGAGGACGUGCUGUCCAUCACCCCCCCCCCACCCACACACUUCCAUGCAGUGCCAUCCCCGGGGCUCCGUCCCCUCCUGCUGCCCCGGGUUGUUGCCGUUUCCCCUGUUGUUCCUUGGUUCUUCUCGUUGUCUUUUUGGUAUUUUUAUGCUUCUUUUUGUGUGUGUGUUUGUGUCUUUUAGCUCGUUUUUUCACUGCUUUCCCCCCCCCCCCCCCAUCUUGUUA